CGUGCCCAGCAGAAAGAAAAGCCGAGAAUUGCCCACAGAGAAAGCUGAGAAAAAUCUGUCAAAUUGCUUGACAGUUCGGAUAGGAACAUUCUACGCCAGACGCUUGAACGGAUCAGAACGGGGCACCCAAAACGGAGAAGUUAUAGAUUUAAUUGUUAAAUGAAUUAGGAAUAAUGCUGCCAAUUCUGAUGUGGAGACUUUGUUGGCUGCUGCUGGCGUUGGGCAUUGGCCUGACGCAUUGUCUGCCCAGUUUGGAGAAUAAAAGCCAUGCAGAGGUUCAACAACAGAUUGCUUGUCGACAGCCCAAGGCUCCGGGUCUGUGCCGUGGACGUCAGCUGCGUUAUGCCUACAACAAGGAGACGGGCAACUGUGAGAGCUUCUACUACACCGGCUGUGCCUCCACGGAGAACAAUUUCCUUACCUACGAAGAGUGUCGCAGGGACUGCAUGCAGCGCUUGCGCUACUAAAGCCAGGAUUAACUUUCACAUUGCUUAUUAAUUAUAUAUUUAUUGCCAUAACAAA